GGGCCAUCCCUCUGCUGCUGGAUUUUUCCAGCCGGAGCAUCUUGCCAGCUCUGCUGUAAUUUAUGGAAAUUGGUUUCUGAUGUGGGGCUUCUUCUGUUACGACAGGGAUCUACUGCCUGGCAGAGGGAGAGCUGCAAUCAGGGCAGGAGAAGAGAAGAGGUGAAGAACAGAGGGACACUGGGGGACUGGAGAGGACAAAAGGAGAAAAAAGCACAUAGCAUUUAAGAGAUGGGUGAGUCUUAACUAAGAGACCAGGAAGGAAGGCAGAGAAAGGGAGAGGAGGACAGCUGUGGGGAAGAGAAACAGAAGGGCGUUCAGAGACUGAGUCAGCUUGAAAAGCACAAACACCAGGAGACAAGUGCAGAGAGCACCCCAGCAUACAAAGAAGGACCUGUUUUGUCAGAGUCUGCACUAUGAGCACAAGAAAGAGCUGCCCCCUGUCACUGGAGCAAGAAGAUGGGGAGCAAAAACAGAGUGAGGGUACUCCUGACCUGGAGCGACAGGACUGUGAAGUGGAGCUGAGGAACAAGGCUAUUCUGCAACAGAAGAGGCGCCUUAAACAGGCCACACAAUUUGUGCACAAGGACUCUGCUGACCUGCUGCCCCUGGAUGGCUUGACAAGGCUUGGCACCUCCAAGGAUCUGCAGCCGCAUAGUGUGGUCCAGCGGCGCCUCAUGGAAGGCAAUCUGAACAAGCUGCGGGGCGAGACCAGGGUUCGGUCUGCAUGGGUUCAAUCUCCACUGGCAAAAGACCGGGAUGAAAAGAUGGAAAAGGGAGAGGACAGGACAAAAGAGACCUCAGCCCUGCUAAUACAGUGCCAGUGCCAAGGUCAGGUAUUGAAAGCCAUUGUAAAUACUGGAUGUCUGCCAAAUCUCAUCUCCAAGAGAUGUUUAUAUCAGUUGGGGCUGGAAGAAGUGUCUGUCAAGGACUGUGGAGACCUUUCUCUUCCCAUCCACAACGUUGUCGGCCGAGUAGAACAUAUGGAAUUGCAAUUUGGCCACGAGAAAGUGCUGUGUUCAGCACUGGUUGUAGAUGAUGAAAUGCUGGAGUUUUGCAUUGGUCUCCAAACUCUGUUGUCUCUCAAGUGUUGCAUCGACUUGGAGGAAGGAGUCCUGAGAUUUAAAACACUGAAUCAAGAUUUGCCUUUUCUACAUGCUUUUGAAGAGCCUGGUCAGUGACUGACUGCAUUCCCCGUGUCUGGGGCUGAGAAGACUUGCUGCCAUAUGAGAGAGAUGAGGGUGAGGCUCACGUGCCCCUAACCUUGCCAAGUUCUGGGUUGAUGCAUUCACCAUGGAGUGAGAAAAAGACAAAUGGGUGCUGGAAACUGUUGUUACUGGGAGUGUCUCAUCUUGGGAGAGCUCUCCCUCCUUUCAUUAGACCCUCUGCUUGUCCCCAUGUGCUGAAUGGGCUUUUUCUUGUUGUUUUUCUGUCUUGCUCUAGUCCCCUGAUUUCUGUUUCUCUCUACCCUUUCAAUGACAUUUUUUUUACAAUACCCUCUGUUCAUGAGACGAGAGUCACUGUGAAGAGUCUGCAGUUGUUCUAUGGACAGGACAGUGCUUUCUCCAAAAGCCUCCAAAGAUUGCUGUGUAUGUUUCCCUUAGCUCUCUUCCUCAAUGUGAACAGACUCCACUCCUCUUUCUUUGUGGGAAGGGCUCUGUGGCCAGUCCCCUCACCCGCACUCUGGGAAUCUGGAUUUUGUUACUUCUUUGCUGGCUCAGAGCAGAACAGGAUUUUAUUGGAAAAAAAAUUGCAGCAAGAGCACUUUUAGAGUUCCUAAUUCUAAGAAACCUUUGAAAAAAACACUGAACUUAGAUGCGUAGAGUAUGGUAGACACCAAUGGAUGCUUGGGCUUUAUUACUGCAUCAUUGGCUGCUAGGCUAUAUUGUGUGAAUGGCAAAGCUGAUCAUCUCUUGAUGCUACACAUGGUAACCAGGCCGCUCCUCUCUGCAAUUCAGCUCCAAGAGCUAUAUUCCUAUCACCUCUGCUGCAUCAUCAGUCUGCAAGCCUGCCACUCAUGUUAAAUGUUAAAAUGAAUUAUAACACCUGGUCUUCUGCUCUGUUAGAAACUUUCUUUCAACAUCAGAUCUAGUGGUUGGACACAAAUACAUCAUCAACCUCAAGUCCUGGCAUUUCACAGCCCAUCAACUUUGCUACUAUUGCAGGAAAUGAGAACGAGACUACUAUGCAGAAUCAGCUCAGAUCAGACAACUGUGAACUCAUCUGGGAUGAACAGUGGUUAUAAGUCACUUUUCUUUUUUUUUCCGUUUGCAUCCUAGAGCAUAGCUGUAUGAUAAAUUCAAAGUCUAUUCUUUACUAGCUAUAUGAAAGAUGCACCACAUCAGGGCUUGCUCUGUCUCAUGACUAUUUAGUGACUAUCCAAACUUCACAAUGUCCCCUCAUCUACCCAUAGAAUGUCAAAAUAUCCUCAUUUUGCCUAUCCUGCUGGAUUAAACACCACUGGCUCUCUUCCUCUCAUUGUUUCUAUUGUGCUUCUCAAACACUUAUAGAAUCACAGAAUCUUUAAGUUUGGAAAAGACCUUCAAGAUCAUCUGGUUCAACCAUCACCCCACUACCAAUGUCACCCACUAAACCAUGUCUCUAAACACCAUGUCCAACAUUUCCUUAAACUCUCCCAGGGACAGUGACUCCACCAUAUAGCCUGGACAUCCCAUUCCAAUGCCUGACUGCUCUUUCUGAAAAGAAAUGCCUCCUAAUUUCCAACCUGAACCUCCCCUGGUGCAAUCUGAGGCCAUUCCCUCUUGUCCUAUCGCUGGUUAUCUGUGAGAAGAGGCCGACCCCCAGCUCUCCACACCUUCCUUUCAGGUAGGUGUAGAGAGCAAUAAGGUCUCCGCUGAGCCUCCUCUUCUCCAGCCUAACAACCCCAGUUCCCUCAGCCGCUCCUCACAGGACUUGUGUUCCAGGCCCCUCACCAGCUUUGUAACCUUCGUGUGCUUCUCUGGACUCGCUCAAGCACCUCGAUGUCCUUCUUAUAGUGAGGGGCCCAAAGCUGAACACGGUACUCGAGGUGCGGCCUCACCAGAGCUGAAUACACGCAUUUCUGUGUGUGUUUUUUGUUGUUGUUGUUGUUUUUUCCCUGAACCAGCUGUUGGAUUCUGUAUUUUAACAUGCGCUAUAAACAGUGGAGUUACAGCCUGGCUGAUACAACUUGUGACGUGUUUACCAGUAUUAGUUGGCAAAUGCUUCUCCUACAAACAUUAGGCUAAUGACUUCUGUUGUUAGCAACCAUAUCUUGCAGCUUCAGAUCAUGCUUUGAUAUUCUUCUACUUGUGCAUCUGAUUAUUUCCGUCUGUGAACUGCUUUGCAUGAAUCUGCUGAAUGACACCAACAGUUUACAGUAUUCUCUCAUUUAUGUCAGGACCAAGUAUAUUUGAUGAUCCCAUCUUAAAAAGUACGCCCACAUCCACAUACAUGGUUCUUUUUUAAGAAUCUUUGUAUGUCAGGGAGCACAUUAAGUCUUUUUUAAUUGGGUUGGCAAGGCUUAAGCCUGUUUCAAUUGUAGUUUCAUUUGGAAAACACAAACUUCCCUAUUCCCAACUCUAGUCAUCUCUAUUCCUUUUUGGGGCAAAGGGAAUGAGGGAAGUCUUUCACAAGAGAACAAAACCCACUAAAGUAGAAAUUCAGUAUGAACUGCCACCUUAGAGCAGGACUUAAGCAUAUCCUGUGUGGCCAACACUGGCUUCUUCAUGACAAGUCCUACCCCUUCAAUACAGACAAUGGUAUUUUAGGGAGAAUCCCUUUGAAUUGCCUUGGUGGUCAGCUCCUGCUAGGGCUACUUUUCUGUAGAGUGCAUACAACACUUGCAAAACUGUCUGCAGGGAACUGUAUCAAAACGUGUUUGUGGAACAGAGCAAUGAGUAUCACAUUUCAGGCAUGAGAUCCAUAUGGCUGACCCUGUGAUGGGGAAAUGGACUGUACGACCUUAUGAGGCCCUUCCAAGGCUCAUGUGCAAGAGGUAACCCAAUCCCAAAAACGUGCACCAUCCUGAAGCCAUAAUCACAUCACUUGUCUUGCCAGGAGCUUAGGGGCACUUGGUUUUGAAAGGAAUGGAAGCUCUAGUCAUCCAUAUUCCCAGAAGCUCGCUCUUUCUUUUACCACUAGCAGGUGAAUUAUGGAACUGAAGAGCAUUGAGCUGCUACAUACGUUUGUACGCAAAUGCCAGGAUAUACCUGAAGAGUAAUAGAAAUAAUUGCAUUCAGCAAAGAGAUCACAGAAAUGGGAGCAGGGAUGGCCAGCAGCAUUAUUAUCUCUCAGGAAAACCAAACAAACCCCUCCCUUUAUUUUCUUGAUAGUAAAUUGAACCUCACAACCAAAGCUGUGAAUAGUUCGUCUACAAACAUCCCCAUUCUCUGAGACUGCUGGACUCCUCACUUGCUGUGUGCUGUCACUAGGACACACAAACGUGUCUUGCAAAUCAAGCCCUGUUACCUGGUGCCAGUCACCUGGCACCAGUUGGUAUGACAACCUGCUACUGAGUAGGAUGCAGCAAACAACAUUUGCUGCUGCAUGGAAAGAAACAACUAAUUCCAAUGCUGUGAAUUUGCAGUGGCUGGCAAGGAUGAACCGGCAAUGAGUUACAAUGAAAAUAUAACUGCACCACUCCAGAGACAGAGCAUACGUGGCUCCUUCUCUGAGCAGCUGUACACUUCACAGAAAGUUGACAGCACUGGAAAUAGCCUGAAGCAUUGACUGUAGCUGCCAGUCUAUUGAUUGUCACUUUGAGGGUUCAGGGCAUGAAAAAGAACAGAGAAGUCAUCUUUUGCCCAAGGAACAGUACAGAAGUUCCAAUUAACUCUUUUGUAGAGGUUUCAUUUUCUUUAGUGCACAAAGGGAACAGGAACAAAACAUCUGCAAGUUAUGUACUGUACACAAAAGAAAAC